UUUAGGUUAGGGGCACCCAAGAGCGGUGACAACGAUUCAGUCUGAACACGUGAACUGCACCACACACCGGAGAGUACAAAUGCGAGAUCCACUCAAGAUUUUACUCGAGUGGGGAACAAAAGGAGAGGUGGAGCCUUAACAGCUUGUUUUUUUUUUGUUCUGGAGUCCUGCACAUUGCACAGAAGGAGUCCUUCUCAACAGUAGAGUGAUUUCGAGCAUUUGUCAUGUUUUGAUCCAUGCACCCAAGAUGGAGAAUAUUUUAAUACAAUCCCAAAUUAGGAAGUGCAUACUUGCGAAGAGUUGCUCGGACUAAUUGAAUUGGGAUCUGCCCGUUUCCCACCAUGAAGAAAAGUAAGAGUGUUCUGACGGUGUCUCCGGAUGACGGGAAUAAAGACCCUCCUGACUGUGGCCUGAGCAAAUCCUUCACCUCUUCAGCCAACACCCUGGGUGUGGAUCUCCGGAGAGGCAGGAGACGGUACUCUGGCAACCUGCAGCUGCCGCCCCUGUCCUGGAGACAGGCAGAGAGAGCGAGGACCCCAGAAGAAGAGUUCAUCCCAAGACCUACCACCCUCCCCUUCAUCAUCCCCCCUCGGAUUGACAUCACUCCAGUGGAUCCUGAGUGCUUUGAUGUUGAGAAUGGCCAUGGCCCUUCGCCCAGUCGCAGUCCUCUGGACCCCCAGGCCAGCCCAGGCUCAGGGCUCGUCGUGCACACCAACUUCCCCGGGCACAGCCAGCGCAGGGAGUCUUUCCUGUACCGCUCUGACAGCGACUAUGACUUAUCCCCCAAAUCCAUGUCGAGGAAUUCUUCAAUUGCAAGUGAACUACAUGGAGAUGACCUGAUAGUAACACCUUUUGCUCAGGUACUUGCAAGCCUAAGAAGUGUAAGAAACAACUUCACAGCUCUGACAAAUGUACAUGGCGCUCCAAACAAGAGAUCCCCGGUAACAAGCCAGCCUCCCAUCACCAGAGUCAGCCUGCCAGAAGAAUCUUAUCAAAAACUAGCUAUGGAAACCAUGGAGGAAUUGGACUGGUGUUUAGACCAGCUUGAAGCAAUACAGACUUAUCGGUCCGUCAGCGAGAUGGCAUCCAAUAAGUUCAAGAGAAUGCUGAACCGGGAGCUGACACACAUGUCGGAGACGAGCCGGUCAGGAAACCAGGUGUCUGAAUUCAUUUCAAACACCUUCUUAGAAAAACAGAAUGAUAUGGAGAUCCCAUCCCCGACAUCAAAGGCCAGAGACAAGAAGAAAAAGGAGCAGCAACUCAUGACACAAAUCAGCGGGGUGAAGAAACUAACUCACGGCUCCAGCCUGACCAACUGCAGCAUCUCAAGAUUCGGAGUCAAAACAGACAAGGAGGACCUGCUGUCCAAGGAGCUUGAAGACCUGAAUAAGUGGGGCCUUAACAUUUUCAAAGUGUCUGAAUAUUCACACAGCAGACCUCUCACAUGCAUAAUGUAUGCCAUUUUCCAGGAGAGAGACUUGCUGAAGACCUUCAAGAUCCCUACAGACACAUUUGUGUCCUACAUGAUGACGUUAGAAGACCACUACCAUUCAGACGCAGCUUACCAUAACAGCCUGCACGCUGCCGAUGUCGCCCAGUCGACACACAUCCUGCUGUCAACACCAGCGUUGGAUGCGGUCUUCACAGAUCUCGAGAUCCUGGCUGCGAUCUUUGCUGCUGCGAUUCAUGACGUUGAUCACCCCGGCGUCUCCAAUCAGUUCCUAAUUAACACCAACUCAGAGUUGGCACUCAUGUACAAUGACGAAUCAGUGUUAGAAAACCACCAUCUUGCCGUGGGCUUCAAGCUGCUGCAGGAAGAGCACUGCGACAUCUUCCAGAACCUCAGCAAGAAGCAGCGGCAGUCUCUGAGAAAAAUGGUCAUUGAUAUGGUUUUGGCGACCGACAUGUCCAAACACAUGAGCUUACUGGCGGAUUUGAAAACCAUGGUGGAGACCAAGAAAGUGACAAGUUCAGGGGUUCUCCUACUAGACAAUUACACAGACAGAAUACAGGUUCUUCGCAACAUGGUGCAUUGUGCAGACCUGAGCAAUCCCACCAAGUCUCUGGAGCUGUACAGGCAGUGGACUGACAGAAUCAUGGAUGAAUUCUUCCACCAGGGAGACAGAGAGAGGGAGAGGGGCAUGGAGAUCAGCCCCAUGUGUGAUAAACACACGGCCUCCGUCGAAAAGUCACAGGUCGGAUUCAUUGACUACAUUGUCCAUCCUCUGUGGGAGACAUGGGCUGAUCUAGUCCACCCGGACGCACAAGACAUCCUGGACACGUUAGAGGACAAUAGGAACUGGUAUCAGAGCAUGAUCCCUCAGAGCCCAUCCCCUCCUUUUUACGAGCAGGGCCAAGACAAUCACAGCACCACGGAGAAGUUCCAGUUCGAACUCACGCUGGAGGAGGAGGAUGAUUCGGAGGGGACCGAGCGAGAGAACAGUCAGGGGGAGGACAGUACAAGUGAAGCAAUCUCCCCCUCCGAGAACGAGGACAUGGAGGAUCAGAUAGAAGCGACGCACAUCGAGAUCAUCACACAGGACGCAUCGCCCGUGGACACAUAAUGACAGCUGGUGGCCCAUUUAAGGGGCUGUUGUUGUUUUCACAGGUUGUUUAAAAGGAGUAAUCCUGCAAUCCAGGUUGUAAUGCCUGGGGCUAACUUUGGCAAGAGGAGGCUUCCUCGUACAUGCGUUUGGAGUCAGAGGUUAAGCAGGGAAGGGAUGAGAUGAAGGAGCGCUCAGGAAUUUUCUUCAGAAAAAUGGACCUGAUUUAUCAAGCAAUGUUUGUUUUGUUUUUUGUUUUUUUUUAAACAAUUUUGGUAAUGAAGGACAGGGGGGCCAAGUAGAAAUGUUUACUGGACCAGCAUGGAAUUGCUGACACUACUGAGAGAUUUUGUACCAAAAGGACAUUUGUUUUUGUAAUGGAAUGUCAACAGGUAGGAGUAUGAACUACUGACAUACAGGUAUUUGUAAAGAAAAUAGUUUACUUUUCUGUAACAUCUGUCCGAGGACUUGUGUGCCUUUUUUUACAGAUUUGUCUUUUAAAUUUUUAUUUAUUUAUUGUUAAAACACAAUUUUAGUAUAAGAAGUGAAAUGUUUUUGUAAAAACAAACAAAACAAACAAAAAAAUAGGUUCAAGAAGAGAAUCAAAUGUUAUUAUUUCUCAAAUUAAGAGAUAAUGCAAAGUCUUCCUUCUUUCUCACAUUGGGCAAUAUCUGAGCAUUGAUCAACACAGACUUUCCACAAAUUACCAUUUAUUCCCAUUAAAUCCAUAUAUUUGACAUCUUUUUUAGUAUACACUAAUACACUCUCCAGCAUCACUCUUGUACAUGACACACUCCACUGUAUAUUAAACUGCAACUGAUAAUUCUACCAUAUAAGAGAUUACUACGUCUGUUUGCCAUUUUAAGCAUAUUGUUUUAUUGUACAUAUUUUAAAAUCAAGGCAAAAUGUCAAUACUAAACCUGUAGUUGCACAUGUGGUGUUCUGGUUAGAGCCGAGGACUAAAAGUCCUGGGUUUAGCCAGUGACAGCCCUGUGCCAUUCAGAUUGUGUAGACCCAACUGACCCUUAACUAAAAAUACAAAAGGUAUUUGACAGCUAUGGCCAAACGUUUUGCAUCACCUACAAUUUGGGAAUCGAGACAAUUAUAUAAAAUUUAAUUAAAUUAAAAAAAAAUCAAAUAAACUAGAAAAUGAUAUGGCAAAAGUCUACCGAAAUCCAUAAUAGUAGUACAGUAUUUCAUGGUAGAUUUCAAAAUGUCACUUUUUUAAUUUGUCAGUUUUUUGUUAAGUAUAUGGAAAACUACAAAGUGGUAUGUAAUCCAAUAUAUUAACGUAACAUUAUUCAGCAGUUUAUUAACUUCAUGAAGGUUAUUCAACUUCAUGAAGCAAAAUGUGUUAAUUCUAUCAGGUGAUGCAAAACUUUUGACCAUAGCUGUAUACUAAAGUACUGUAGAUCACUUGUUGAUUGGUGUGUGGAAGCCUGGAUUCGUUUUUACACAGAAUAUGUAACGAAUGUAUUCCCCCUUUGGGUCAAGCUCACAAUUCCAGUGAUGGGGCAUUACGAGGGUUUUAUUCAAAAAUACUCUCCAGUAUUUUAUGUUGUUCUGUUACACAAAAAAAGAAAGAAAAAACUAGUAAAUCUACACCAGUCAAAAAUGUAUUGCUAUUGAAAUGGCAUGUGGUGGCAUUUUCACAGGCAGUUGGAAUGAUCUGACCAGCCUGGGCAGGAACGGCAAUAUCAGAAACAAAUGUGGAUUUCUACAUAUUGAAAUCAUCAUAAGGCAUUAAUACUGCGGUCUGUUAGUUUAUCCUUCAGCUGUGUUUGAAGUAUGUUUGAGCUUGGGAGCGGACACCUCUUAGUUGUGCCAUCCUUUUGUUUAGCCCCGCAACCCAAGCUCGUGUUUGUCCAUUGCUGUUUAUAACAGUGUAUUUAUUACUUUGUGUAAAUAAUAUUAUGCUAAUUGUAAAUUAAUUUGUAUUUAUAUGCAUUAACAUUGCCUGGAAGUUGGUCGUGUUAACGUAUAGUAGACUCUGGAGGAGAGUCGCCUUUUUUCCGUUUUUCUUGUGUUUUUGUUUUUUUUCAAACGCACAAUAUUAAGGAGCCUGAACAGUAACUAAAGAGACAUAUGCAACCCAAGAUUUUUUUCAAAUGAAAAUGAAAACUGACUGAAAUCAAGCUUAAUGUGUAUUCGGACAUUGUAUUAGACCUAUUUAAUGCUUGUAGUAUCUUAACUCAAAUUAUACAGCAUUUUGAAUGCAGAUUGCUGAUAAUGCUGACAAACGUUAACAGGUUCAAGAAAGAAAAAAAAAAAAGUCUGCGUUGAACACUAUGUUAAUAAGAUUAAAAGGAGAUAUUGAUGGCAUGUUACAAUUUCUCAAUACCAAAUGUGAAUUGAUAUGGAAUACAAAAUGUGAUCUUAUGUAAUUAUUGUGCUAAUGUCAACUAUUCUCUGACCAAACUUGUUAGCAGUUUUGAAAUUCUAAUUGUCAGUAUAACAUUGUAAUCUAUGUUAAAGCUUUUGGUCCAAUUUGUGUCCAAAUGGUUAGCCAAGAUAGCACUAUUAUCUGCAUGACCAAUGGGUUUGUAUGUCUGUUCAACACUGCGUUGUUCCAGGUGGUAUUGUAAUGUUUUUCCAACGUUUCACACAAUGUAUGGUAUAGUAUUGUAUAUUGUGUUAAAAAAUCUUCAAAUACUUUUCUAUGACGUGAUUAAAUGAAAGCAUGAAUAUA